AUGCAUAAUCUCCGUGAUUCGCUGCUGGGCCCUUCGCCACGAGGCACCCCUCACCUCACCACAUCAGAAGAUUUUCGGAUAGACCAGGAAGACAUCCGUCAGUGCAUGGCUCGGGGAGAAUUCAAGGAGAUUAGGGGCGCGGCCUUCAGCAACCGAACCUGGAUUACUACCUCCCGAUACUGCGAGCUUGGAGAUGGGGUGGAUUCCCUCGAAGUUUACAUUCAUUCUAUGUGGUAUAUGUACUACCAGCUCGGUCGGAAUAUCUCGUACGAAACGCCCGACCACGAGGGUCUUAUCCUCGACAUCGUCCGCAUUCAAGGAAUGGGACCGCUUACUCGGCCCGUGCGAGGAAAUUACGGUGUUGAUAUCGCACGAACUGCCGAAGGUAUACUGUGGAAUGAUCUGCCCUUCUUAGCCACCGAUAUGACCAGCUUCUGGAACAGCGACUUUCCGACGAUGUCGGGUACACACCGACUUAACUUUGCGACUUUCCUAGCCAAACUGGCAUCAACCCGCGUCGGCAAGGAUAGGUUGUGCCAGAUUGCCCUCAUUCUAUUCCGCAAUCUGUUUGAGGAGAGACAGGGACUUCGCAGCGGGGAGGAGUCGGAUGAUGAAGAUCCAAAGCGAAGCAUGCAUCAGCUUGAAAUUUUUCACUUGUUGCCAGCUGCCGUGGCUUGGCUGCGCCAUACAGGCCACAAUCUUGUUCUACUCUCAGAGUAUCAUCAGCAAGGGGGCGAGAAAUUCAUCGAGUCAGAGCUUGGGCGGCGAUCACCCACUGGAUUCUCGCCAUGGAGAUACAUAUACUGGCUCAAGCGACUCCAUGAAAUCCAGGAGGAGGCCAAAGAGGCCAAAGAGGAACUCUUAGAAGAGUACGCCACAGAUGCCAUUGAGUACAUGGUCAGUACCGUUAUGCAACGAAAUUCUGAAAUUUUACGGGCAUACCAGAACGGUGGAGAUGACUUGCAUCAGGAAAAACAUCUGUUUUGCCGGAAGAGUCUUUUGAAGAGUGAAGCUACGGAGAAUGAAGACUCGAAUGACUCGAAGGAUGGCGCAAAAUAA